AGAGGGAGUAGGUUACGUAGUGUGAUGAGUGCCGCGGUACGUCCCAGUCAACUGCCUUCGUUCAGGUCCGAGUACUAUCCGUACCAACCUACCUAGACACUACGGAUACCUACCUAGGUACUCCAAUGUGCAGGGUCCCCGUCUUCUCAACGGCCACCACAGCACGCAGCUUUAGACGGCAGAGUGCAUGAAACGAUAUCGACCUGACCCGACUUGCAACACCACGAGGGGGCUUUGUCCUCGUCCUUUCUACAUCGCAGCGACCUGAGCUAUAUGCGUACUUAGCGCCUCUCGAUAACAGCACCUCCGCGCUUCACAUCAACUCAAUUGCCCAACAUGUCGGAGGAUCGGGAGCGGAGCAAGAUCUCCCUCCGGAGCGGCAAGCGAAAGGCUCGCCCGCAGAUUAGUGCACCGCGACAGAUCUCGGAACCCAUUCUGCAAGAUGGAUCAGGCCCUGUACGGCCCCCCGACUCGAGGCCAGCGGCCGAUGCUGGCCCUCCUCCAGUUCAGCCAAGGCUUCGGCCGCCACCUCAAGCUGGAGGAGGAAAGACCUCGGACUUGGUGAAGCGACGAUAUUCGACGCGGUUUAAUAAUCUGCCGAACGACUUCGAUGUGAACAACCCGCCGGUACCGGCCAUGCCAUCUCUCGAUAAGUACGAAUCCCGCCAGCGCAGAGCAGCACGCCCACCUCCGAGCCGUGGGGGUGACUCCGCCCCCGCUCCAGUCGUUGAUAUCAAGGCAUUGCGAGAUCCCGACUUGGCGCCAGAUCAAUAUGUCGCCAACUUGCUCAGUGAUGCAUCGGAGGACCAGAUCCGCGAGUUCGAGGAAAGCCUGCGCAGCCUCAAAAGCCGGGCCAAUGCAGAUCUGCAGCAAAACGUCUUGCAGAACCGCACUCAGUUCAUCAAGAUCAGCAAGGAAGCUGAGAAGCUCAAGGGCGAGAUGCGGGCGCUAAAAAACCUCAUGACCGAUCUCAAGGUCAACACGACGACGCUGCGACAGGCGUCGAACAAUGGGAACAUUGAGUCAUCUGACCUUGGCGGAGAGCUCACGACGGGCUUGAGCAAACGGGACAGGCGGAGCUCGGUCGCCGAUCGAAGCGCUCUGUGGAACUCGCAGAUGCAGGCACUUUACAAGAACGUUGAGGGGUCCCAGAAGUUCCUGCCCAACUCUGCCCGUCGCCACGUUAUUCAAAAUGCGGGCGCAUGGAUCGAGCUGGACAACGCCACUUACAAGUCCCGCCGAGCGAUGCAAAUAUUCCUCUUGAGCGACCACCUGCUCAUUGCCUCUCGCAAGAAGAGGAAGGCGGAUGUGCCUUCACGUGAGGCACAAGGCCCCCUCGUCAAGCUGGUUGCCGACAGGUGCUGGCCACUGCUCGACAUCGAAGUGGUCGACAUGGCAGGGUCGAGCGAUAAUUCUACAACCAGGAACAAGCUAGCGGACGCUAUCAUGGUUAGAGGUGUCGGCCAAGAAUCCGUCAUUUACCGGACUGAAAAGUCCGAUGACAUGGAGAAGAACAGCCUACUUCUGAACAUCCGCAAGGCGGUGGAGGAGUUGCGCAAGGAGAGACAAUCGGAGCUGGAGGCGAACAACAAGGCCAAGGAGACCAUCAACUACUUUGCCUCCCGGGACCCGGGACUGCUUCAGAAAACAGAGCUGCUGGAGACGCUAUCCGAUAUCAAGGAUAUGCUCAUCGAAGUCGAUGGAAAGCAGCAGAACCUACGAUGGGUAGAAAGCCAGAUGGACGAGCUUGACAUCGACAUUGCGCUACAGAGCUUCGAGCCGGCCGUUGGCCGCGUCGAGAAACUCAAGAGCCUCGCCCGGGGCCUGAAGAAUAACGCGGUGGCGCAGGACUUUAUCAGCUUCAAGGUCGAAGAGCGGUGCGCUAAGUUGGCGGGCAUGAUCAUUCGCGAGCUGGAAACGACGCACACUGCGCCUACGAAGAACAAGCGAAACAUCAGCUGGUUAGCCAGACUGGGCUACGAGGACAGGGCUCGUGAGGCUUAUCUGCUAGCAAGGCACAACAUCAUCCAGAAGAGGUCGAGGCAAUGCAUCUUCCAGGGUAACUUGCACCAGUACAUCUGGGAAGUCUCGUUUGUUUACUUCUCACUCAUUCGUAACACCGUGAGCUGCUUUCACGCAUGCUUUCCCCCGCCCAUGAUGAGUGCCUGCGUCAAAUGGGCCAAGGAAGAGGUGGAGACCUUCAACGGCAUCCUUGCCCGUCAGCUCAGUGGUACUGAGCGCGGCGGCAAGGUAUGGACUGACUGCAUGGAGCGAGCACACGAGCACGCAAAGAUGUUGAACGAGGUGCAGCUGGAUUUCCGCACUCUUGUCGGACGGGACCUGGACCAGCCGUCGGGAGUCACCAGUCCAGUCGGCCUCGGGCUGUCGUAAAUGCAAGUGCCAGAGUGUCUGCAAGUCGUUGAGGCACGCGGAUGAUCCAAACCAACCACUAUACGGGUUAAUGGUAGAUAAGAUUAUGGUCAUGGUAAUUGAAAACGACUGAUUGGGCCAAAUCUUGCGAGUUGCGUUGGGUGAAGGUCAGGCAUACAGUAACCUUUUAGGUAGACUCACGGAAGGGCUCUGGUUUGUCACUGUUUACCUGCGACGGCGUUUAUUACUUGAUUAAAACGGAUGAACACGGAGACUACGGGCUGACAGCGGUCCCAAUAUAGAAAUGGAAACAAAAUCGAAUUAGAGAACCAAUGCAGAAUGAUUGAAGCACGUCGAUGAGGUGAAAGUAG